AUGGACCCGAUUCAAGAAGCGAUUGCAAAAAUCGAAUCGCGAGAACUAGAAGAUAAAUUCUCGUAUCAAGCAAUCGCGAAAAAGCAUGGUGUAGCACGAAUGACGUUGAUGAGACGACACCGCGGCGAAACUGAGGCCUAUGGCGUGCGCAACCUCUCCCUCCAUCCACAACACGAGAAGGAGCUUGUACGAUACAUCGAUACGCUUACCGAACGACGUUUGCCACCUACGAAGGAAAUGAUACAACGCUUUGCUUCAGAUUUGGCUGGAAAGCUGGUUUUAGAAAGCUAG